CGCAGCCCUGCCGGGGCGGGACGCGCUGCCAGCCCGGCCUUGCGGACGCUGUGGCGGCGACAUGGUGGAGGCCUGGUACAUGGACGAGUCCCAGGAGGACCAGCGGGCACCGCACCGCCAGCGGCCCAACCGCGCCGUCAGCCUGGAGCAGCUGCGCCGCCUCGGCGUGGUGUACCGCAGGUUGGAUGCUGAUAACUAUGAGACUGAUCCAUGCUUGAAAGAGAUUCGGAGGGCAGAAAAUUAUUCUUGGAUGGAUAUAGUGACCAUACACAAAGACAAGCUCCCGAAUUAUGAGGAGAAGAUAAAAACGUUUUAUGAAGAACACUUACACCUUGAUGAUGAAAUUCGCUACAUCCUGGAGGGAUCUGGCUAUUUUGAUGUUCGAGACAAGGAUGACAAAUGGAUUCGGAUUUCCAUGGAAAAGGGAGACAUGAUAACCCUCCCUGCUGGCAUAUAUCACCGAUUUACACUGGAUGAGAACAAUUACGUGAAGGCAAUGAGGCUGUUUGUUGGAGAACCCGUCUGGACUGCAUACAACAGGCCAGCUGACGAUUUUCCUGCUCGGAAACAGUAUAUGAAGUUUUUGGCUGAAGAAGCACAUAAUGGUGUCUGAGACCUGAGAGGUGGAACAUCUGAAGCCCUGCCAGAAUAAAUGUGCCUUGUUGCUUCUCACUGAUUAAACUUAUAUUUACAUAGGACAUUGGAAUCACAGAAUCUUAGAAAAAUUCAGAUUGAAAGGUCAUUUGGAGGUGAUUUAGUCCAACUCUGUGCCAGUGUUAAAGCUAGACCAAGUUGCUCAAGACCCUGAAGUUUGGAAACCUCUGGUGGUGGAGGUCCCACAGCCUGUCUGGGUGCUUGUUCCAACACUUAGCUGCUCCCAUGGCCAAGCAUUUGUUCUUCAUGGCCAACUGGUUGCAGUUUGCAGUUGUUGCCUGUUGCCUUUUCACUGCAUGUCUGAGGAGAGUCUGGCUCUGUCUUCUUCACAGUCCCUGCUCUAGCAGGAAACUGUAGUUGGGUCUCCUCUGAGCCUUCUCCUCUCCAGGCUGCACAAACCACUGCCCUUGGCUGGGCUCCCUUCUGUUAACUAAGAUGUUCAAUGUGUUUUGCCCUAGUUCUGGUGGCUGUAUCCACCCAGUAAUUUGUAUCCUCAGUCAGGCUACAUGGCUGCUGUGGGUCAGGCUAGUGAAAGCCUUGCUGGAGUCAAGGUGAAUGGCACCUAUGGUGUCCCCUCUGCCACAGAGCCAUUGGCCCUGGCGGUCAGCAUCAAGCAGAACAUGCCCUUGGUGAAUUGGCACUGACUGGUCGCUCCUCAUCACCUGGUAUUUCUUGUGCCUGGAACACCUCCCAUAAUGGCUGAUUCUGUAACAUUCCUGGGGACUGAAGUAGGGCUGAGCAGCCUAGAGUUUCCCAGAUCUUUUGUGCCUUUUUGAAAGUGGUGGUCUUAUUUGCCUUUUUCCACUGGAGAAGGUUUUCCUGAUCUCUGUGACCUUUCAAAGAUGCCAGCAGCCUUGCAGUGACAUUAGCUAGCUGCAUUUACAGUUGCUCAGGAAUCCAUUUUCUAACCUUUUUUUCUUGGUGUUUCUGGCAGGUAGAAUUGCGAGAGGUGGGCUACAUUAAUAUUCAUUUUGCUCAGAAUCCAUGCUAAUGAACUACGUAGGAUUCUGAUUUUAAUUAAAGAAAAUAAACCCUCCUUCAUUCUUGUCUAAAAAUGUUCAUAAGAUAAAUUUGCAUAAUCGGCAUUUUAGUAUGCAGCUUUCCAAAUUCUGCCCUGGUACAUAAAGCUAUGGUUUUCUCAGUAAAAUGUAAUUGUGAGUUAUUAAUAAAAUUACUUUGACCUGGG